CCUCCGUCCGCCACACUCGGACGUUCUCAGACUCUACUGCUAAGUACAUACGCCUUGCAGAAUAUGGUCCACGUCCGACUCAACGAGCGCGAGAUAAAUCCCAACCCGCACAUCAACUUCAUAACCGCUCUUCCCAUGCCAGACGCGGCGGACCAAGAGGAGGCACGCCAGCUACUCCGUGCACUGGCUGCUCAGGUCCGGCCGGUCAUGAAAGCGCACGGCUUCGUGGUGAACAGCUUCGAAGAGGCCAGUGGGGCUUUCUCCUCAAUAUCCUGGCUCAUGAGCACAUUAUGCCACGAGGUGUGUCGGUCAGGCCGAUGUUGUGAUAUCUGAGGGGUUCUGAAGGGCGCGGCUCCUAUCAAGUUAGCACAUAUCACGCACCAGAACCAUGGCCCUGCAUUCCAAGCGCUGUGGGCCAAGCUACGCGCCGAAGUGAGAGAGCUACAGAGCAAGGGUACUACGGAGACGG